AUGGCCUCGCGUCCACGAUCAACAAACUGGUCCCUCGCCCUCCUCGCAGGCGCCGACAUCCCAUUCUCAAUCCUCUUGGGGCUCUGUGGCGCGCUCCGUAAUACCGAGGAUUCAGAUGGAACUAUUGAAGGACAGGGAGAGAGCGAGGGGCUGGGAUUGUGUUUGUUGAGGAUACUGGCGUGCGUGUUUGCGCUUGUUGGUGGGGUCGCUGCGUUCUGCGCGACCCUGGGCGCUAUGCGUGCCGGAUUCUGGCGCGUCUAUAUCCACGAUCGUAUCGCGCGCGCACGGGCCGUCGCACUCCUAGCCGCACUGGCGUUCUACUUCCUCCUCGACCGUCUAACUCUGCGCCCGUCAAUCACCACCACGCCCCCGUCCAUCUCAACGUCCGAUCUCUUCAACUGGUCCGCGCCCACAUCGUUCCUCGCGCUCGCCGUCGCGUCCGCGGUCUACGCACGACUGUACGCGUAUUUCUUGGCGCAGACGGCGUGGUACAUCAAGCGCGAGUUUGCGCUGGGUGUGUCGCUGUAUAGGCCUGAGGACGAAAAGGGGGAGGAGGAGGGGGCACGGAGGGUGAAGGUGCUGUUGGCCGGCGAUGUGGCGCUGAACCUGGGCGUCGCGUGCGCUACGAUGUUCCUGGGACUUCAAGGCGAGGGGUACGGGAUGCUGAACAGCACGACGCUCUGCCUCCUCAAAAGCGCCGGCACACUGCUCUUCGCAGUGCAACUCCCGCUCCAGCUCUACCUCCGCCUCAUAAAGCUCUCAAACAACUACCACUCCUUCCUCAUCGCGUACUCGGUGCUGACACCGCUCAGAGCGGUGGUGAGCAGCUUCGCGGUGGGCGUUAUGGCGUGGAGCGUGCUGGACGAUAACUGGGUGCGGGGGUGUGCGGGGGGCGUGUUGGUCGUCGGGGAGGGUGAGGAGUGUAGGAGGGGGCUGUGGGUGAGGCUUGCGCCGUUGGGCGUGUGGGUUGUCGUGUUGGCGCAUGCUGCGUUCACGAUAUCAGCGCUGAACGCGUACAAAACCUUCACAUCCCACCGCACGCAAUUCGGCGCAUCCCUCCGCGAGCUCAACCGCGAGUUCUGCCGCCUCGCGCGCGCAGAAGGCUUCGCAUGCCGUCGAUGCCGAUGCUCGCACAGCGCAGAGCUGGGCGACGUGGAGAUGGACUUGGAUGUGGAGGGCGAGUUUGUGCUGGUUGUGGAUGCGGGGCAGGGCGCGCGGGAGGUGUUGGUUAGGGAGAGGAAUUUGGAGGCGGAGGUUGCUGAGCUUGAGUGUGUGGAGAGAAGGGGGGAGAGGGAGGUGCUGUUUAGUGCGGAUGAGGGGGAGAGGGAUGAGGAGGAUGAGCCGCUGUUGAGUGGGCCUGUGUCUACACGGGCUUGA